UACCACGGGUUAACGAAAAGAGCAAGACGUUGUGUUGACUCCCUUGUCAUGACGAUUCUCGGAUUACUAGACGGCGCUCGAUCGAGGGACGUGCUCGUCGGUGGCAUUCUACUAGCACUCCUGUUGGCCGGGACAAGCGAUGCCAACGAAGGCUGCGGCAACACACCAGAUGACAGCCAAAUGAUGUCUGUUCUGAAGCAAGCGGCCGACAUGUUCAUGCCCUGCAUAGAAGGCCUCUACCACACGCCCAUUCAUGGCAGCAUUCUUGAGGAGGCCGUUCAAGGUAUAUGCAGGAACUUCGACAAGUGCAGUGAGCUAGGCGAAAGCUGGGGUGCUUGCUUCGUAGAGACGACCGCAGAGUUUUUGGCAACAGUAAAGGACUUCCCGUAUGAGCCAAAUACGAUGGCACAGAAGAGUGUGGUGAGUGUGGAAAUUUUUACAUUAUGCAACGCAUUAGGUUCAAAAGCGACGUGUGCGUAG